AUGUCCCUGAAAUCAAUUAUUACUAAAAUCCCUACUGUUCAAAAGGAAUUUAAUAUUUUCACUUCUUACAUUGAGAAUUCAACUGAAUGUCCAGCCGACAGUAGUCCUGCUUCCGGUAAGAUUGGUGCAAUAAAGGAUAACAUCGCAACAAAAGAUUUCCCUACGACAUGUGCAUCUGAUAUAUUAAAAACUUAUUCUUCACCAUUUGACGCUACUGUUGUAUCAUUAUUGAAAGGAAGUGGUGCUGUCAUAAUAGGGAAAACAAAUCUAGAUGAAUUCGGAAUGGGAUCAUUAGGAUUGCAUACAACAUUUGGUCCAGUAAGAAAUCCGUUGAAUAAAGAUUGGUGCGUUGGUGGAUCAUCUUCUGGUUCAGCUGCUGCUGUUUCUUGUGGUAUAGCAGAUUUUGCUUUGGGAACUGACACAGGCGGUUCUGUGCGAUUACCUAGUGCUUAUUCAGCAAUCUAUGGGUUUAAACCAUCAUAUGGAAGAAUAUCCAGAUGGGGGGUUAUUGCUUUUGCCCAAUCAUUAGACACUGUCGGUAUAUUUGCAAACAACAUUGAUACUAUAUCUGGAAUCUUCCGUAUAUUAGAUCAGCACGAUCCAAGAGAUCCGACCUCUCUUAGUGUAGAAACAAGGGAAUCAAUUAAGGAUCAGAGUGUAAAAUUUAAAGAUAGAUCCAAACUUAAAAUUGGUAUCCCGAAAGAAUUUGUUCAAUCUGACUUAGCUCCAGAGAUUAAAGAAUCCUUUAUGUUAUACAUCGAAACUUUAUUAGAGAAAGAUUACGAAAUAUAUCCUAUAUCGCUACCAUCAAUUAAGGAUUCUUUAUCAGUAUAUUAUACAUUAGCACCUGCUGAAGCCGCAUCGAAUCUUUCUAGAUAUGACGGAAUAAGGUAUGGUAAGAGGAACAGUACAAAACCGGAUAUAGUCAAUGCUAAUUUUUUCACUGAAUCUAGGUCAUAUUUUGGCCAGGAGGUUAAAAAUAGAAUUAUAUUAGGUAAUUACAAUCUGUGUUCUGAUGGAUAUAAAAACAACUUUAUUAAAGCGCAACAACUACGGGUUCAAAUGAUCAACCAAUUUGACAAAAUCUUUAGGUUUAAAAACAUAUUAACAAAUAACAAGCCUGACCAUGAUAUUGACAUAUUAUUAUGCCCGACAAACUUAAGUCCACCACCACCAAUAAACUCCAUAACACAUGCUCCUAAGAGCAAUCCUUUGCAUGAAUAUAUGAAUGAUAUUUUUACCAUACCCAUGUCACUAGCAGGAUUGCCAGCGAUAUCUGUCCCCUUUUCAAAAGGGAAACCAUACGGUAUCCAAAUCACUACACAAUAUGGUAAUGACGAAGCUUUGUUGAAAUUUGUCAAGGAAACUGUGCUCUAG